UAAAAAGUUCAUAUAUUCAAACUGAAAAAACAGUAAAAACGAAUGAUUACGAAGUUCCAUAAUUUGGUCCCAGAUUGAACUGCAAAAAUCUCAGGUUGCUUCAAUUGUAGCUGUGAAUCAGUGAUCAAUCUCAAGAACAGCAGUGAGGAAUGGGGAGAGGAGCUAUCACGGAUAAAUGGUCAUCAAGGGCUCUAUGGCUGUGUGCAAUCGGAACUGCAGUUGGGUUUUAUAUGGUUGCUGUGGAAAGGCAAACACAGAAUAGAGAAAAAAUGAUGGCUGAAGCUAUGAAGGCAAGUAUGGAGUCAGGUUCUGGUGCCAGUGAAAAUGUAUGAUUGAGAGUGCAAAGGCGGAACAUUAUUUUAAUAUGUAUUUUGUGACCCUUUCCUGAUUUUAGCUAGCGUUACUUGCCUUUUUGGUUGUAGUUUCUGAUUUGCUCGGUUAGUUUUCACAUCUGAAUGAUACAAAGUUAUGAUGGAUGCAUAUCAGACACAGUAAUGAAAUAAACAGGAAAGUUGGUUUUCACAUUAUUGAUGUAGCCCAUUGUUGGUUUA